AUGAAGCAGUCAUGGGACAUGCGCCCUGUCCUCAGCAGUACCGCCACUAUAAAUUCUUGUGUCUGGGAGCAAGAUUGGGGGUUCGUCGUAUAUCGAGCAGCUUUUUCAGACGGCGACGCUUGGGAGAGGUUCAAAGAGACGUUCUCGAAUGAUGAUGUCCGGGUGGCUCAGAAGUUUUGGCGUUGCAGAUUUAUUGACGAACCGGGAUUGAAGGGCAAGGACCCUGCAGCCAUCAAAGAACACCACUCUUCGUUAUGGGGAGAUUUGCCAUCGGGCCUACAACAUCCCCUUUGCCUCGUUGCGACGAAAGACGUCUAUGAAUCAUUUGAGCGGUACACGGCUUCAUACCUUGACACUACUGGUGCGGCAAUCGCUCAAGCAGACCCAUUCAUCAAAGUUCUUUACCAGUCGCAUUUGGUGGACGACGAUAUGGACGACGGCGACGACCCACCUGUUAAGAUGUUCAACGCAGGAAUGCGAGCGUUGAUCGACGAGCUGUUUCCUAUAUCGAUACGAACAGAGAUGAGUUUCGAUAAGGUCGACCCUGGUAACGAUGACAAGGUUUGGUUGGGUGUUGCAUGGGAGGAGGAUAUUAUUCGGGGCGACAGCUGA